CAGUCACUCACUCCGGUCUCUGAUACAAUUGCAUCGAUUUCUGAACCCUAGCUUUGCAAUGGCUCGCACCAAGCAAACAGCUCGCAAAUCCACUGGAGGCAAGGCUCCGAGGAAGCAAUUGGCCACAAAGGCUGCCAGGAAGUCCGCUCCUGCCACCGGCGGAGUGAAGAAGCCCCACAGGUUCAGGCCAGGGACGGUUGCCCUUAGAGAGAUCCGAAAGUACCAAAAAAGCACGGAGCUCCUGAUCAGAAAGCUCCCUUUCCAGCGCCUGGUCCGUGAGAUUGCCCAGGACUUUAAGACUGAUCUGAGGUUCCAAAGCUCGGCCGUGGCGGCGCUUCAAGAAGCUGCGGAGGCGUACCUUGUUGGUCUUUUUGAGGACACCAACCUGUGCGCAAUCCACGCCAAGCGUGUGACAAUCAUGCCCAAGGAUAUCCAACUUGCCAGGCGCAUUAGGGGCGAGAGGGCAUAGAUUGGAAGCGAUUUGUAUAGGAAGAAGUUGGCUUAUUCUGGAUUUAUGUUUAGUGCUUUUGUGCUUUUUGUCGGAUUGGAUCGUAGGUUAGAUUGUAGUUAAAGAUUUUGCUGUAUCCUGAUUACGUUAAUGGAAAUUA